GUUUCUUCGGUUUUCUUGAUUUCUGCAGCGGUUUUUGUGGAGAUUUGUAAGGUCGCUUUUCUGAUGAUCGAUUAUAAGGGCGGUUUAAAGGCCUGUGGAUUCUUCCGUGAGCGCAUUUAGAUCUUCACAUACUGGAUAAACAUCGAGGACUUUCAAGCAGACACCUCUGUCGAUCGUUGUCUUUCUGCCUAUAACUUGCGCCCCCUGCUAGACAUUUUGCUUUCUUAUCAUAUCGUUUGUACAAUUUGGACGGUGGCCUCUUCCAAUCUUGCGUAUUUGUUUUAGCGCUAGGUGCAUUUCAAAGAGCGUUUGCUGAUUGAUCUAUGUCGUUGUGGUAUUAUACGCCGGUUGCGAUCCACUUGGUGUGCAACAAGGUGAAGUCUGCGUGCAGUGGUGUGCUCCUAUUCAAUGGCCAGUCCAGCGAGCACUAUGUGCUUACGAUAUGCGACGUGACGUUCCCCGAGAGGCAGUCGUAUAAGCUCACAGCUCCGCUCUUGAUAGACAGUUCAUCUGUUAGUUGGGUGCCUUUGGAGCUUGUCGAUGUGCGUUACUUCCAGGAGGAUAACGAUGGGACACAGGAACAGAGCUUUUACUCGUUGUUGAAAGGAUUCGAAAAGAACAAUACCUUCAAGUUGAAACCGUCCCCGAGCGAGCGGCUAUCAGUUCUUCAUCUGAAAGUGCCAGAGCGGCUACGGGAGGAUAUCUCUGUCAAACAGUUGUUUGACGUUAACCUGUUGAAGCCGUUUGCAUUCAAACAGUCAUCGCUUGUCCCCAUCCCAACAAAGAUCACAAUAGAUUGUUGUCCAUUUAGCUUGACGAACACAGCCUUGUUCAUUAACCACAAGCUCUUCGGGAGCGUCAACUACAAGACCAAAACCGGUCAACUGUACUUCAGUGAUGUCAAGUACCUUGAUGAUACAAUUGGAUCAGCAGUGACCAUGGAUUCCACUUCAUCGUGCCUGGGGUUAGUUGCAGGUGCUUUGUCCAAGACGAACGGAGAUGGUGAAAUUCUAGUUAUCGCAUCUUGGGAUACCAUUUUUGGAUUGCUUAGAUAUCGGAGCUUUAACUUCUCAUCACCGAAAGUGGAACAAGCAUUAACCACACAGGAAGCAAUGUCCAAGGGCUGGUAUGAUCCACUGGCAUCUGUGGUUCGUAUAUCCGUGAACUCAUCAGAUGGUUGCUUUUGGGGAAGCGGUGUGAUCAUUAGCAAUGACCUAAUUGUUACAAAUAAACACGUUGUUGAGGAGCAUUCAACGAUUAACGAUCUUACAAUUUCCGCACCUUACAGCUCUAAGGUGCUGUUGAAACUAUCUGACGUUAAAAUCGUUUCCUGUCCACUUGUUGGAUUUGACCUCUGCUUCCUUCAACUUCAAAAGCCACUGGCUACAAUGAGACCGGCAAAGUUAUGUGACAGUUAUGCUUCAGAGAUGCUGUCCUUACAAGUCGGCAUGCCGGUGAUGUCGAUUGGGUACGGGUUACUUUUCAACGAUGACACAAGCGAUUUGAAGCCAUUUGUGAAUGAAGGGCAUAUCAACAAGAUAAUCACUAGACACUUGGAGGACCUUGCUCACUUGGAAAUGACUAUGAUGAUUGUGUCUGCAGCUUGUUGGAAUGGAUCGUCCGGUGGUGGAUUGUUCAACACCAAAGGUGAGCUAGUAGGUAUCAUGACUUCUAACGGUAAGUUAUCAAAUGGAGAAGUGAUGGCAAACUUUACAUUGUCAAUACCUAUAAACAUCGUUAGCAAAUGUGUCAAGAUGUUAAGAUCAGGCUCCAAGCCUGUUGAACUUCAAACCACAAUUCCUACUCUCUGGUCAUUGCAAAACACCCAUGAUAACAUAGACAUAUCGCCACUCGCAUGGAAAUUGUAACCUGUCAAAUGUGAAUGUGAUAGACUCUUCUAUAAAAACACUUAAUAGACAUUAAAAAGAAUCAGAGGAGACAGUGCUUCUUCACGUCUUCCUCUGCCAAAAUCAUGGGGUUAUUAUUUGGUGUAAGGGUUAUUAGGUGUCUGGGUG